GCAGGUGCGCGCGUAAGAAUACAUGUACACCGACGUGGCCAGAUCCAUCUUGGAAGUAAACUUGAAAGCCAACACGAAGUCAAAUAUUGUACAUGUGUCGAUGAAAAUCGAACAAUUUUCAGUCCAUUGUUAGUUGCAAAAGGAAAGAAAUAAUCAUGGUGCUUUUGGCAGCCGCAGUGUGUAAUAAGACUGGAAAAGCCCUGGUAUCCAGACAGUUUGUUGAAAUGACCAGAUCCAGAACAGAGGGCCUAUUAGCUGCUUUUCCUAAAUUGAUGAAUUCUGGUAAACAACACACAUUUGUAGAAACAGAAAGUGUGAGAUAUGUGUACCAACCAAUGGAAAAACUUUAUAUGCUUCUUAUUACCACAAAAGCCAGUAAUAUAUUAGAAGAUUUAGAGACACUUAGACUAUUUGCUAGAGUUAUACCAGAAUAUUGUAGAAAUAUGGAAGAAUCUGAAAUAAUAGAUCAAUCCUUUCAGCUUAUAUUUGCCUUUGAUGAAAUUGUAGCUCUGGGUUAUAGGGAAAAUGUUAAUCUUGCCCAAAUUCGUACCUUCACAGAAAUGGAUUCUCAUGAAGAGAAAGUAUUUCAAGCUGUCAGACAGACCCAAGAAAAAGAGGCAAAAGAUCAAAUGCGAAGACGUGCCAAAGAAAUACAACAGAAACAACGUGAAAUGGCUAAGGGUGGUAGAGGUAUUACUAACAGUGGAUUUGGUAGUAGUUCAUAUAGAAAUGAUACUGGUAGUUCAGUUAUAGAAUCAUCUAUACCUGAACCAUCAUCUAAACCAUCUUAUACUGCUUCUAGUACUAAACCAUCAGGUCCAUCUAAAGCUCUUAAACUCAGUACAAAAAAGAAAGAUGUCGACAGUUUUGUUGGUCAGUUAGAAUCAGAAGGAGAACGAGUUGUAAGUGUAAAUAAAUCCGUGCCCAAUGCAGUAACAAAAUCAAGUACACCUGCAAUAGAUCAAGAAGCAGUUCAUUUAUCAAUUGAAGAAAAAAUAUCACUCUCAGCUGGUAGAGAUGGUGGUCUUAAUAAUCUGGAAGUACAUGGUAUUAUUCAGCUGAAAAUCAACGAUGAAAAAUUUGGUCGUAUUCAAAUAGGUGUUUUAAAUAAAGAUAAAAAAGGCGUUCAGUUACAAACACAUCCCAAUGUAGACAAAAGAUUGUUUACAGGAUCUUCUGUUAUUGGUUUAAAGAAUCCAGAUAAAGCAUUCCCACUGAAUCAAGAUAUUGGUGUGCUCAAGUGGAGAUUUCAAACACAAGAUUCAUCUUUUAUGCCUUUAUCUAUAAAUUGUUGGCCAUCUGAGAAUGGAAAUAAAUGUGAUGUUAAUAUUGAAUAUGAAUUGGAACAAGAUGAAUUAGAAUUAGAAGAUGUUUUAAUAUCUAUACCUUGUCCGACUGGUGUAGGAGCACCUGUUGUUGGUGAUUGUGAUGGUGAUUAUACAUAUGAUUCACGUAAAGCUACAUUACAGUGGAAUUUACCUCUUAUAGAUACAAGUAACAAAUCUGGUAGUAUGGAAUUUACUAUAGCUGGACAUCCGGAUGACUUUUUCCCAGUUAAUGUCUCCUUUAUGUCAAAGAAAUCAUUUUGUGAUCUACAAAUAACCGAUGUUAAAGAAAUAGAAAAUAGUGAAUCAGUCAGAUAUUCUAAAGAAGUCCUUCUCUACGUUGAUAAAUAUGAAAUCGUGUAAUAGUGUCCUAGCUUGUAUAUAUAAAUAUGAAUUUACAUUUGUGAAUAAUCAUGUGACAAAAAGACACAACAAGGACAAAGAAAACAUUCAAUAUUGAAUUCUAAUUUUCAAGAGUUGGACUUAUGGAAGAGAGGUAUUUUUGACAGAUGGAAUAUGCUUGGUUUGUUUUUCACUUGAAAAGAAAUCAUCGUAUCACAGUUUAACUUAUUCUGUUAUUUACAUCUUUAAUGGAUAUAUUAUUUAAUCACAGUUCACCAAAUUAUUUAAUAGAACAGUAUCACCACAUUUCUGGAUGAAGUAUUAAUUUGCUUUACUAAUUAAAAACUUACAAGUAAAUAGGCCUUAGAAUGGGUUAUUAUUUAGAGAUGCAAUUAUGUAAGAAUUAGAUGAAAAGCUGGCUGUUUUUACCAAUAUAGUUUAAAAAUAGAUUUUGAAAAUUAUAUGGAGUUGAUAAUGAGCUUGUCAUGUUAAUAAAUGUUUAAAUAAUAAUUCAUAUAAUAUUUGAUGCCAGGAUAAAGCGUUGCAAUAGGCAGAUUUUGCUCUUACAUUAUGCAUCUUUAAAGUUUUGUCUGAUAAAAAGUUCCUCUUCCACAGAUGGUUGAAGUUAAGUUGUCAUGCCAAGCAUCAUGUUUGUAAGAAGGUUUAACCCAGUUUCGAGCGCUCUUAGAAUAAUUCAGAUGUAAAUAAAUGGAAAUCGUGUACAUUCUAUAUGUUUGUACUCUCCUAUUUAAUAUCCAUGUUUUCGUUAUUAUUGUUAUUGUACAUACAUCUAAUAUUUUGGAUUUCAAAUCUUGUGUGGGAAAAGUCAAAUAUUAUAUUCUUAGUUUAAUAUAUUAAUGUAUGUAAGUCAAGCCAAUGAUUUGAUGUAUAUAAGAAUUAAAAAUAUAUAUCAAAUAAAAUGUACACUGAGCAGCAUUUUUGAAGUAUUUUAUGAAAUUUCUGAAGUGCUAAAUUGUUAUUUGAACCCUGCUGUUAAAUGUUAAAAUAACAACCCAAUCACAAAGACAUAAGUAGAAUUAGAUUAUUUAUUCCAUUAUAGUGUUCAAUUUCCUUAUUUCUGUCUAAUUGUAUUAGAAAUAUAAGAAUUAUCCUUUCUGCCAGUUAAAUUUUUAACACAAUUCAGAAAUAUUGAUAUUGGUUGGAAAAGGUUUUACAACCAUAAAAUGGUGUCUAAUCUUAUAGAAUUAACAGAAGAUAUCUUAUAUCUGUUAAUAUACAUUAACACUGUUAAUUAACUUCUCUGUUUAUUAAAUGUCUAUGUAUCUCUAUGUAUCCCUAUAUGUUUCUCCUUUAUAAACUUCUGUAAAGAUAUAUUUUCUAUUGGGGUCCAAGAAGAAACCACUGUGCAUAUUUUACAUAGAUAUUAUGUAUAUUAUCAAUAUAACAAGCUCAGUGAAAUAAAUAAAAUAUUUCAAGUUGAA